UGUUAUACAACAGCAGCAUGUGUGACUGAGGAGAGGCUGAGGGACCAGAAGACAGGGGAGGCGGGGAGGAUGGGGAAGCGCCGGGGCUCCCGGGACGGCAACACUGACGGCAAAAAACCGAGGAAACAGCCGAGGAAGAGGGCACAGAGCAAAGGUGGUGAGGAUGUAUGUGAAGACGGGAAGGCACCAAAUAAGAAAAGCAGAGUCGCAGCACCAGGUGCCAAAACCACAAAAAAGACAAUUAAAGGGGCAGAUAAAGCGCCGGUUGUAGAUGCUGCACGGAAGAAACCUCCCACAACCAAGAAGCCUGCUGAGAAGAAACUAAAGGAAGAAGAUCCAGAGAAGGAAAUAGAGAUCCUCUUAAAAUCGGAAUCUCUGCUGGCAGUUCCAGAUGCUGCAGUUAAAAAAGAUGGCAGCUCGGAGGAUGAAGAGGACAGUGAUGAGGAGUGGGAGGAUGUGGAAGAACUCAAUGCAGCAACAUUGGAUUCUUUACAAGCCACAACAUCCAAUGAUUCAGGGUUGCCAACUGAAUCCGUGGAGAUAGAGAUUGAAACAGCAGAAGCAGCUAAAAAGAGAUUAAGAAGAGAGAAAAGAAAAGCAGAGUUUGCUCUUUAUCUGCGCCGAAUGAUGAACCGGUUUAACAAAGAAUUGCAAGAAGACACGCACAAAGUACAUUUGCUCUGCCUUCUUGCCAGUGGCUUCUUCCGCAGUAACAUCUGUAACUGCCCUGACCUUCAGGCGGUGGCGCUCUCUGUGAUUCCAGUUAAAUUUGCAAACACUCCCACUGCUCGGAUAGAUGUGGUGUAUUUGACAAACUUGGUAAAAUGGUUCACAACCACAUUUAGCAUGAAUCCAGACAUGUCUCUUGAUGAUGGCGAACCAUUAGCAGCCAGGCUAGAGCGGAGGUUUGGCGUGUACGGAGUGAGGGAUGGAGAAGAGAUGGUCUAUCUGUUCUUGAUUCUCCUUCGAGCCUUGCAACUCUUAAGCCGCUUGGUGCUCUCCCUGCAGCCUAUCCCCAUAAAGAAACCAUCCACUAAGAAAACAAGCAGCCCAAAAGAGAAGUCUUCCAAGAAAUCUAAGAAAACAGUCAAUUCCCAAAGAUCCCCUAGAGGAAAAUCAAAAGUGGAACCGAAACGGAAGGUGAAGGAAGAGACUUUUUCCUUGGACAGCUCAGAGGAUGAGGAUAUAAAACCAUCUGGAGACAACAUGGCUAAAAAAGUAGUUGCUAAAGCUGAGAAAGAAAAGUCUUCUGAAGACCCAAAGAGUAAAGCUAGUCCCAAAAAUCGGCUCCGGAGGAAAGCUGCCUCCAAAAUUUCAUACAAAGACGAGAGUGAGAGCAAUGAGGACGGCAACGACUCUGACUAUUCUUACACUGGCAGCAAGGACAGUGACUUCUCUGAGGAUGAGGUGAUUGAAAGAAAAGUCAAAGGCUCGUCCUUUUCAAAUGUGAACAGGUCAGGGGAGGGCACAGCAAAGAGUCCUGUUGCCCCAGGACAGACCAAAGUGAAGAGCUCACCCAAAGGUGACAUCCCACGAGCUAAGAGGAGAGGCAAGAUCAUUUCCACUGAUGAUGAGGAUGAGAUGACUGCACCAACACCCUCCAGGGGUAGCGAUCAAUGGGUAGAGGUUUACUUGGCGAAAGAAAAGAAGUGGGUAUGUGUGGACUGUGUAUGUGGGACAGUUAAGCAACCUUCAAUGUGUUUUAAGGCUGCCACCAAACCAGUUACCUAUAUUGUGGGAAUUGACAAUGCUGGCCAUGUUAAAGAUGUGACCCAACGAUAUGAUCCGGAUUGGAUGACCAGUACACGGAAACGACGUAUUGAUGCAGAGUGGUGGGAGGAGACACUGAUGCCUUAUAAAAGCACCAACACGACUGUGGAUGAAAAGGAAGAUGCAGAGUUUGAAGCUAAACUACUGGACCAACCUUUGCCAACCUCUAUCACAGAGUAUAAAAGCCAUCCUCUCUAUUCCCUGAAGAGACAUUUACUUAAAUAUGAGGCCAUCUACCCAGAAUCUUCUGCCAUCCUUGGCUACUGUAGAGGGGAAGCUGUUUAUUCCAGGUCUUGCGUCCACACACUGCAUUCCAGAGAUACAUGGUUAAAGGAGGCCCGUGUGGUACGGCUCGGGGAGGUGCCUUACAAGAUGGUGAAAGGACAGUCUAACCGAGCGAGGAAAGCCCGUCUGGCAGAUCCAGAGAAUAAGGACAGCAGUGACCUUGCUCUGUUUGGCCUGUGGCAGACUGAGGAGUAUCAGCCGCCCAUAGCUGUGGAUGGAAAGGUACCACGCAAUGAGUUUGGCAACGUCUACCUGUUUAAGCCCAAUAUGCUGCCCAUUGGCUGCUGCCAUUUACAAGUCACUAACCUUAACCGUGUAGCCAGGAAGCUGGACAUCGACUGCGCCAGUGCCAUUACUGGCUUUGACUUUCACUGUGGCUACUCACAUCCUGUGACGGAUGGUUAUAUUGUAUGUGAAGAAUAUAAAGACAUCCUGUUGGCUGCCUGGGAAAAUGAACAGGUGGAGAUAGAGCGCAAGCAAAAAGAGAAGCGAGAAAAACGAGCUCUGGGCAACUGGAAACUGCUGGUGAAAAGCCUGGUGAUCAGAGAAAGAUUGAAAGCUCGAUAUGGACAAAAGGACUAUGAACAUCCGACCUCUGCUACAGGAGAUGGCUUCUCUUCAGAUGAGGAGCAACCAACUCCAGAGACUAUAGCUCUGGACACUGCUGUAUCCUGGCCCCAGAACCGAAAGGCUGAAGAGCAACAGGGAAGAAAAGCAAAGCAGAAAACAAAAAGAGAGAAAAGAGGAGAAGAAAAACACUUAUUCCCAUUUGAAAAGCUGUAAAAGGUCUAAUUAUCACUUGUAUAACACACUUCUCUGCUUCCUAUUAGUGGCUGACAUUAAAGGAGCACUCUAGACAAAAACUAAGUAAACAACACAAGUGCCACAUUCUCAGGCUCUGUGCUAGGUAGGCAUUAUUCGGUAUCUGUUUUGCCUGGAGUUUUCCUUUUAUAGGCUGAAUACUAAAUACACAAGGAAAAAGUAUGAAUAUUAGAGUAGAACUGUUUAUAGGAAAAUAAAACUAAUCCUUCUGACCCAUCUGGUCUGAUUUUGUAAAAAAAUAAAUAAAUAAAAGUCAAUGUUUUAUAAAUGAGAAAAGCCAAUUUUUAUUAAAAGUGCGUUUUAUUCCAAACUUAGGCAUAAGCUUCAAGUGUUUGUGUUCUCAACUAUUCAGCAACCAUACAGUAUUUCCCCCCUUCCUAUCCAUAUGAGUGAAUAUUGUUAUACAUUUGACAGGGCGCAGUUACAUUGGCUUAACUUUGGCCACAAAGGCUGCUUCACACUGCAUUAAGCACCAGAAUAGGCCAUAGAUAUGUUAAGUGAGUUUAUAAACCUCUUACUGGAUCCAAUUAGGGCUGAUAUAUCGCAAUUGAAUCACGAUUUUUGCUAAUGUGAUAGGCCCUCCUGGCAAAAAUUGUUAUUACCUGCAUUUGAAAUUCAAAUGUUAAGUCAGUGUCCUUACCAGGGUGCCUCCAGCUGUUGCAAAACUACAACUUUCUGCAUGCCUGGACAGACUUUGGCUGUCCGGGCAUGCUGGGAGUUGUAGUUUUGCAACAGCUGAAGGCACCCUGGUUGAAAAAAACAAAACACUGUCCUAAGUAAUAAUAGGGGCGCAGGGGAAACCUAAAACAAAACCCUGUUGCUUACCUAGCCCUGGUCCCCAUAGGUCUGCAGCAGAUCCUGUUCUAUUCUGCAUGGUCCCGGCAUCUUCUAUGGUGCUCCUGACACUGGUUCCAGGACCUUUUCUGCUCAGCCUAUCAGCGGUGCCAUAUGUCAGGCCAGUGAUUGGCUGAGCAGGAAGAUACUGAAAGUCCCAUAAGACAUUGGACUGCAUUAAUUCAUGUUUCUCCAUCUCCCCAGCACAUUAAUGUGGGAGAUGGGUUGUGGACAUGAAAUGGGAUAUGACAUGAGGGGACCCUAUGUAUGACACCAAGUGGUAUAGAGCAGGGAGUACUCCCCAAAGUAUUACUCUGACGCAAGGUUAAAAAAAAAAAGCCUUGGUUGAUUUUCGAUGGUUUCUGAAGAUAACGAUACAAUUUUCAAGCCAAUGGUCAAUCUCUCACCAGAGGAAUUGAAGGCUGCUACACCGGCAUCUCUGCCUGAAGUUUCUCUAGGUGGAAAUGACAUAAUGUGCAUGGGCCAUUAUUGACCUCUGUCAUACUGACGAAUCUAGGGCAUAGUACAUAUUCUCCCUGUUGCUUAGGACAGCUGAAGAGGUCAACCAGAUGCCAGAAUAAAAGUGGACCACUGGAUUACACUUCCAUGCUUUUGUUAGCAGCUGGAGGAUAUAGUCUGCACCCUGUGUGUAUUGCUUAAACAUAUUGUCCAUCCUUAUAGUAACUUUCAUAAAGUGGAAGUAUAUAACAGAUUACAUUUAUAGUAACACCUAUUCAUGGUUAUACUGAAAGCGAAGCGCUGCAGACACUGUUGGAUAGAUGUUGGGGUAUGAAAGCAAACUGUACCUUUCCUGGAGCUAAUGGCUUUAUAAAGGUUGGUUACCAUCAUUAGCUCCAGGAAAGGUACAUGUUGCUUUAAUACCCUAAUGCUAUUUAAUGGUGUCUGCAGCAAAUAGAGCUGACAGAUUUUUCUAUGACAAGGCAGCCUAUCCUGUUUCAAGGUCACAAUGUGGCCUUAAACUAGUCAGCAUGUUGCUUGGUUUUCCUCUAAAGAUCUCUGCUUAUAGAAGUUAAAGGUGAACCGUCAAAAAUCUGUCAUGUGAUAAAACAAAUGCAGGAGAUGUUACAGCACAGAUAUCACAGCUCACUUUGUCCUAGUCGUGUGAUUAUCACAUACAUGAAAGGAAAGAGUCUUCUUUUCUGGGGUUAAACAAUGUCCCCAGUCAAUGACUACAGAGAUCUGUGACAUUAAGUACACAUUAAAUGAACUGUUUCAACUGUACAAUAUACAAUGAAUAAAUAGUCCAUGUAGAAAGGAAUAGGAUGGCACUCGCAAAUGGGAUGCAAAUAUAGAAAAAUGUAUUAACUUACA